AUGCUCUCAGCUUUUACAGCUCGACCGAUCGUCGAGCUACGGCAACGCGAUAAGUCCAAGAUCGAAUCCAUCCUAGCAUAUGGAGACCGUCUCCUGGUAGGCCUCAACAGCGGCACCUUACGAGUCUACCGCAUCAAUGAAGCUGGUCCGGGACCAACACCCGAAUUUCAAGGCAGUGGAGAUCCUCAAGGCGCCGACGGCGCAGAACCCGAAGCUUCAAAGCAGAAGAUAGCAGAACUACUGCGCGAGAAAGACAAGUUUUCCAAACACAAGAUCGAGCAGCUUGCCAUUAUCAAAGAAGCGAGUAUCUUGGUGUCGUUGAGCAAUGGAUACGUCUCGAUACACGAUCUCCAGAGCUACGUGCUGCAGGAGCAGCUCACGAAGACAAGAGGCGCCAGUGCUUUUGCGGUGACGAGUAAUAUCGUCAAGGAUCCUAGUACGGGAGUCCCUUCUAUUGUCUCUAGGCUUGCUGUUGCUGUCAAAAGGAGGCUGUUGCUGUGGUCAUGGCAGGAUAUGGAGCUUGAGGAGGGGACUACAGAGAUUGCGCUUGUGAGCAGUAUCAGGACGCUCACGUGGGCAAGUGGCAGGAAGAUCGUGGCAGGGCUGAAUUCAAGCUAUGUCAUGGUGGAUAUCGAGACUCAGGAGGUGAAAUCCAUCUUCGGGCCUGGGAGCAUAGGAGGGGAUCCUUCACAGGAGGGUGGAAGGUUGGGAGGUAUGGGAGUGGGGACCAUGAGUUACAUUGGAAUGGGUGCUAUGAUACCCAAGCCCCUUGCUACUCCGUUAGGAGAGGGCGAGGUGCUGCUCGCAAAAGACAUCAACACGCAUUUUAUAGACCGGGAGGGAGAAUCGCUUGGUAGGAGACAGAUACCAUGGCGGGUUGCGCCAGAGGCAGUAGGAUAUUCCUACCCUUAUUUGCUUGCGUUGCAAGAGGCAAGCCGAGGAACGCUCGAGGUCAGGAAUCCGGUGACACUGACUCUCCUCCAAUCGAUCAGCUUGCCAGGAGCGAACUUGCUACACGUUGCACAACCGAAUAUCAGCUUGGCGCAUGCCGGAAAGGGGUUUCUCGUGGCUAGCGAGAGAACGAUCUGGCGCAUGGGUGCUCUGGACUAUGACUCCCAGAUUGACGCCCUGGUGGACGGGGACAAUCUUGAUGAGGCUAUCAGUCUGCUGGGAAUUCUUGAAGAUGCUCUGUUGCACGACAAAGAAGGUCGCUUACGCGAGAUCAAGAUGCGGAAAGCGCAAAGGCUGUUUGAUUCCAAAUUGUUUCAGGACUCGUUGGACCUGUUUACCGAAGUGGCUGCACCCCCAGAGCGUGUCAUCAAGCUCUAUCCCAGAAUUAUCGCUGGGGAUCUUGCGGAAGCGAAAGAGGAAACAGCGAAAGACACUCCGCACGCUGAACCCGUAAUUCCAGUCCGGAGGAUCUUAUCGAGGGGUCAUACAAAGACAGACUCCAGUGUUGGCAGCACCAAAAGCCCGAGAAAGCCGACCAACAACCCUUCCACGCCGCAGAAAAAGGAGCAGUCAGACGACAGGAGCGAAGCAGCCAGUGUAUACGCCGAACCAGAGCCUAUCUCAACGAGUGAAGCAUACUCGGAAAGGGAGCUCAAGACUGCCGCACGAGCCUUGCAAGGCUUCCUGGCGGAUGUACGACGUCGCCUGAAACCGUUCUUCAACGACGAUCAGACACUCAAAGAUGCUUCUGCAGUGCAAAUACUCUACCGCGAUGCAAACUCAGAGAAGACGCUGGAGCAUCUCUUAGGCUUGUCGUCGCUUGAGAACGUCGAUCGAGAGCAGAGGCUCAGAGAGGUUGCGACACUGGUCGACACAACAUUAUUUCGAACACAUAUGUACGCCACCCCAUUCCUGGUUGGCUCACUGUUUCGUAUUCCAAACUACUGUGAUCCGGAUGUAGUGAUGGAGAAGCUGGAGGAGACGGGACGAUACAAUGACUUGAUCGAGUUCUUGUUUGGGAAGAGACUGCACCGUCAAGCCCUCGAGCGACUGCAGAAGUUUGGCCAGGCUAAGGAAGGUACCGAAGGUGCUGUACAAUUGCGCGGGCCUUCUAGGACAGUCUCAUAUUUGCAAAACCUUUCACCGGAGCACAUUGACCUCAUCCUGGAAUUCGCGGAGUGGCCUCUAAGGGCAGCGCCUGAGCUGGGGAUGCAGAUCUUUACGGCUGAUACAGAGAAUGCGGAAACCCUUCCGAGAGAGAAAGUGCUCCAUUUCCUGGAAAAGAUUGAUACUUCGUUUGCGCUUAGGUACCUGGAACAUGUCAUCGACGAGCUUAACGAUCAGACAGCCGACCUUCAUCAACGCCUCCUCACACUCUACUUUGACCGGCUGAAGCAAACCUCCAUGACCACGGCAGAGAAGAAUGAAGUGAAUGCCAAAUUCCUCACCCUCCUCCGGACGUCAACACAAUACUCCCCAGCCCGACUCCUCGGCACCCUUCCCCGAGACGACCCAACCUUUUACGAGGCCCGUGCUCUCGUCUUCAGCAAGAUGGGCCAGCACAAACAAGCCCUGGAGAUAUAUGUCUUUAAGCUUCGUGAUGCUGCCAAAGCCGAGGAAUAUUGCAACCACGUGCAUCUGACGGAGGACACAGUAGCAACCACAUUGCCGCCGUCCCGCCGCAAAUCGACGACUGAUCCAGAGAGCGAGCAACCGAGCAUCUAUCACACCCUUCUCGGCCUUUAUCUCAGCCCGCCGAAAGGAGAGGAGAAGAUGUGGGGGCCAGCCAUCGAGAUUCUCGCUCGACAUGGUGCGAGGUUGCCUGCUAGCUCGACAUUGGAGUUGAUACCCGAGUCGUUGCCGGUGAAGGAAUUGGAAUUCUACUUUCGCGGUAGGAUUAGGGCGGCGAAUAGUAUCGUGAGCGAGAGUCAAGUGGUUGCCGGGCUGAGGAAGGUAGAGGCAAUCAGACUGCAGGCGGCAUUAUUGCUUGGAGAGGGUACAGCGGGAGAGAAAGCGAGAGGUGGGAGGGGUCGACGAGUGAGGGUGGAUGAGGAGAGGGUUUGCGGCGUGUGCUAUAAGAGGCUGGGUGGCAGUGUGAUCAGUGUUUUCCCAGAUAACUCGGUGGUUCAUCUCGGUUGUGCCACUCGAAAGCAGGCGGAGUCAGUGCAGGUAUAA